UACGAGACCUUCUCUCUCUUUUUCACACUCAUCACUCACUACCACCAAUGGCAGCCAAGCUUUCACUUUCGUUCAUCAUUCUGUGUGUUGUUGGUGCCGUCAUGUGUGGCGGCGUUGGCAUUUGUGACGGCGCUCGUUCACCGCUACCUUCCGUGGACUGUUCGAACUUGGUCCUAACAAUGGCGGAUUGUUUGCCAUUCGUCACGAAUGGGAGUACCGCAACGAAGCCAGAAGGAACAUGCUGCUCUGGAUUGAAGACUGUACUCAAAACUGCACCAGACUGUCUCUGUGAGGCUUUCAAAAGUAGCGUUCAGUUUGGUGUCGUCUUGAAUGUCACCAAGGCCUUAGCUCUUCCUUCUGCUUGCGGUCUCUCUGAUUCUUCUGCCACUGACUACUGUGGAUUGAGUGGAGCGCCUGCUGCUUCUCCUGGAGGUGGAAGGGUUUCUCCAGGUAGUUCUCCAAGUCCAGCGUCUGGUAGUGAAGCAACAGCACCAAGUUGGAAUAAUAAUGGUCCAAUAAAUGAGGUAUCUCCAAGAUCAGCACCAUCAUCACCAUCUCAAGGGAAGAGCUCAGCAUCAACUAUGUUCCCUAUUUCACCAGCAUCACUCUUUCUUCCCUUAUUAUUGCUACGUCUCUUCUCUCUGUUUUGA